AUGACUUUCUUUUCCCCGGAUACGACAUCAGUGAUUUCCGAUCUCAAUCUACGCAUAUACAUGCAUCGAUGUUGGUGUUCACAACCGAAUAUUGUGGAACAUUUACAAGCCAUAAAGCGAGUAAAUUAUGAUCAGGACAUCGAGCCAGACACGAGCAUCAACCGAAUGUAUAACAAGAAGGAAAAGAAGAAGCAACAGCAGUUCAAGAAUAUAUUUUGA